GGAGCACAAGCAUUAUAUGGGAUAACUGGUGAAUUGAUUAGGAUUGAAGACUUAGAGACGUGUAUUAAAGGAAUAGAUGCAAUUAAAACACUUACCUCAGAAGAUUCAGUCAUGUGUACAUGGUAA